AUGCCGGGGUACACGCCAGACGAGAAACUGCGGCUGCAGCAGCUGCGAGAGCUGAGGAGGCGAUGGCUGAAGGAUCAGGAGCUGAGCCCUCGGGAGCCAGUGAUGCCCCCCAGGAGGUUAUGGCCUCUGGAAGAGUUCUGGAAUAAGUUUUUGCAGAACCCAACCCCCUGGAGGAACGCAGUGUAUAAGGUAUACCGACACAGUACCUUUGCUUUUGUCCAUGUACUUAUACCUGCAUGGAUUAUUCAUUAUUAUCUCAAAUAUCAUGUGAAUGUCAAACCAUAUGCCAUUGUGGACACGAAACCUAGACUAUUCCCAGGUGAUACGAUUCUGGAGACUGGAGAAGUAAUUCCUCCAAUGAAAGACUUUUCAGAUCAACAUCAUUGA